UCCGAUACUAUUGCUUAAUUUUUUUUAAUAUUCUCCGGCCCUACUCGCCCAAAUAAUUCACCAACUACAAUGUCCAAACUAACUCCCACUGAGCGCGGCAUCGCCAUCUACAAACCCAUGGUCCUCCAAAUUUACGACUACUGGGUUCUCAAUAUAGUCAACACUUGGGCCUGGCGCUGCCCCACAAAAACCUACCUCCUCCCUCUCUUUACCUCCAAUAUCGGCUCUAACCACCUCGACAUCGGCGUCGGUACGGGCUAUUACCUCGCCAACGGGACCGUUCCGCAAAUCACGCGUCUGACGCUGUGCGAUCUGAGUCCUGCGGCGCUGGCCAAGGCCAAAUCCAGGGCUGGGAGGGAGGAUGCAGUGGAAUUGCUGUGUGAUGUGUUGAAGCCGUUGCCUGUGGGCGCGGGGGAGAAGUUUGAUUCGGUGUCGAUGUACUUUUUGUUGCAUUGUUUGCCUGGACCGGUGAAUAACAAGACUGUUGUGUUUGAGCACGUGAAAGAGGUUUUGAAGGAGGAUGGGGUUGUUACCGGCGCUACUGUUUUGGGGAAAGGGGUGAAGGAUAACUUUUUUGGGGGAUUGAUUCGGCGGUUUUGUGUGUUUGGUGGCAUUAUGAGCAAUGAGACGGAUGAUUUUGAGUCAUUUGUGGGGGCUUUGAAGGCGAACUUUGAGGUUGUUGAGGUGGAUGUUAUUGGGGUUGUGUUGGUGUUCAAGGCGAUGAAGCCAAAGUUCUAGCUGCUAGUUGGAUUAAUUCAAUGGACAUCGGGGUUAGUAGAUUCUGGUGAGUGGAUAGGCUUAGUUAGAGAGGAAUGGAAUGCGUCUAGAGUACAAUAACAAAGCAUCUAGAACUUAAAAAUCUGAUCCUUAGUGUACCCAAGCUCUCCCAGAAUCCCCUUCCCACCCCCAA